AUGGCGGCACCCAUCAUCCGCCGCGCACUCUUAUACGUUCCUGGCUCGUCCCAGAAGAUGCUCGACAAGUCGCGCGGCAUAGCUAGCGUUGACACUGUCGCAUACGACCUCGAGGAUUCGGUGACGCCCGGCAAGAAAGCAGAGGCACGCGCCAAUCUCCGCCAGCUGCUUGACCAGCCCCGUGUGCCUGGCAUUCGCGAGCAAGCCGUGCGCAUCAACUCUGUCGACAGUGGAUAUGCUUUGGAUGACUUGACCGAAGUGCUCAAGGGUCCCAACCUCGACGCCCUGGUCAUUCCCAAAGUCAACUCCGCCUCCGACCUCCACUUCGUCACCGACGUAAUCCGACACACGCUCCCACAGCGCCACCCCUCCACUCCUUCUUCCCAAGAGCAACAACAAGAACCACUGCGCCUCAUCGCCCUCAUCGAAUCUGCCAAAGCCCUCAUGGACCUCCCCUCCAUCUGCCAAUCGACGCCCUACCUCUCCGGCCUCAUCUUCGCCGCCGAAGACUUCGCCCUCGAUCUCUCGCUCACGCGAACACCUUCCCUCCGCGAAUUCCUCUACGCCCGCUCCGCCAUCGUCACCGCAGCACGUGCUUACAACUUGCCGUCCGCUAUCGACCUCGUGUGCACCUCCUUCCGUGGCGACGAAGGACUAAAGGCCCUGCAAGAGGAGUGUGCUGACGGGAAGAAGCUGGGGUUUAACGGGAAGCAGCUGAUCCACCCUAGCCAGGUAGACGUCGCGCAGAGAGCUUUUGCGCCAGGCCAGGAAGAGACGGACUGGGCCAUGAGAGUGGUGGUGGCCGACGAGAAAGCCGAUAGGGCGGGGAGGGGCGCAUGGACGCUAGAUGGGAAGAUGAUCGAUAAGCCGGUGGUGGGGAAGGCCCGGGCAGUGGUGAAGAAGGCUGAGUUGUGUGGGGUCGAUGUCGGGACGUUGAGGGAGAAGUGGAAGGGGCAGGAGCCGGAGUGA